GGAGGUGGGGGUGGCUGGGCCGGGGCCGUCCACGCUUAUGGAGGACGAGGACUGCCCAGACCUGGUCCCGAUCGGCGGCGCGGAGCUGGCCGAUGCUGGCCCCGACAGGAAGAUCCCCGUGACGAUCAUCACGGGGUAUUUGGGAGCUGGAAAAACAACUCUUCUAAAUUACAUACUGACAGAACAGCAUAAUAAAAGAAUAGCAGUUAUUCUGAAUGAAUUUGGAGAAGGAAGUGCCUUGGAGAAAUCUCUGGCAAUCAGUCAAGGGGGAGAACUCUAUGAAGAAUGGCUGGAGCUCAGAAAUGGCUGCUUGUGCUGUUCAGUAAAGGACAAUGGUGUGAAAGCAAUUGAGAACCUGAUGCAAAGGAGAGGAAAAUUUGACUAUAUAUUGUUAGAAACAACUGGUUUGGCAGAUCCAGGAGCUGUGGCCUCCAUGUUUUGGGUUGAUUCUGAGCUGGGAAGUGACAUCUAUCUUGAUGGUAUUGUGUCUGUUGUUGAUGCAAAGCAUGGAUUGCAGCACUUGACAGAGGAGAAACCAGAAGGCCUUAUUAAUGAAGCAUCUCGGCAGGUUGCAUUAGCUGAUCUUAUAAUCAUCAAUAAAACAGAUUUGGUUUCAGAAGAAGAAUUGAAUAAAGUCAGAACAUCUGUGAGGUCAAUAAAUGGACUUGUUAAAAUUCUAGAGACACAAAGAUCAAGAGUUGAUCUCUCUAAUGUCUUGGACCUGCAUGCUUUUGACAGUUUAUCUGGAGUAAGUUUGCAGAAAAAACUUGAGCAUGUAAAGACAACACAUGCACAUCUAGAUAAGGCUAUAAUUACAGUAACAUUUGAAGUUUCAGGAAAUAUAAAAGAAGAAAACUUAAAUCUCUUUAUUCAGAAUCUUCUGUGGGAGAAGAAUGUGAAAGAUAAGACUGGAUGCACCAUGGAUGUCAUAAGACUGAAGGGACUGGUAUCUAUUCAAGGCAAAUCUCAUCAAGUGAUAGUCCAAGGUGUCCAUGAGCUCUAUGACCUAGAAGAGACUUCAGUACCCUGGAAAGAAGAUGAAAAGAGAACAAACAGGCUGGUCCUAAUUGGCAGGAACCUGAAUAAGGAGAUCAUCAAAGAAGUAUUCAUAGCCACUGUGAGAGAAGAACGAGGAAACAGUUGACAUAAAACUAUAAAAAAGAUUAAAUGUCUGUUUUAAUCCUGCAAGGAUUUUAUGGCAGAAAAGACUGAAUGGCAUGGGCUAUAGUAGUUUCUAUAUCCUCUUGCAGUUCAUGCAACAGUUGAACCCUGAAGUCUUCCUAAGAAUUCCAGCUGACCUACUGCUUUAAGAUUAGCUCUUAUGGUCUAGAAUCAAACACAAUUCUCCUAUUUUGGAUUCGGCUGAAGCUGUGUCAGCAACAUAUGUAACUGUGCAGAAAUGGGGACAGACUGUUAUGUUCUAUGUGAAGUGUUACUGUAGGGAUAUGGGAAACGUGUUUGAAGCCUAGUGCUUUCUCUUCCUAACGCUGUUCCACUGGGAAUGAAGCAAUAGUGAUUAUUGCCAGUGAUAUAAUCCCAGUACAAAAUGUUUAGUGUUUACUAGUAAAGUGUCUUCCAUCUCUUUCCA